UUCUAGGUAUCAAUCCAGAUAUCAGGCAAAAGAUGGAGGGAAUCUUUUUUUCGGAUGAGGCAUGGGAGUAUAAACUAAUAGAAUGGAAAUUCAACCAAGGAUCUGAUUCUUCGGCGCGAUACGGAAUGAUGGCGUUUGGGAGAUCCCCGGAUCUGAAGUACAUUGAUUGCAUGUAUGUCCUCUACAAAAUGGACUUCAAGAUAGCUCCAGAGGUAAUCGUUACUGAAAAAAAGCAUAAAGUGUUAUGGGGACUGUUUUCAUGGACCGACGAGAAAAGGAAAUCCAGAGAGCGAAGUCUCGGAUCAAAAUCUAUCAAGGCAUUACAGUUUUUCUUCAGAAUGAAAGCGCUUGAAGGAUUCUACAAGGAGGGCUUGAUAGAAAGCAUCAACUAUGUUAAAAGCAUUGAUGAUGUCCCAGCCAAAGAAUAAUGUUAGACAAGCAAAUAUUCUG